CCGGGGCGGGGCCGGAGGCCUCCCGGGUCCCAUUGGCCAGAGGCCGGGCAGGAAGGGGACAGGGCCGGGCCGGGGCGGCCGGAUAAAUGUGGGCCCGGCGGGCAGGACCGGCCGCAGGCAUGCAGUACCCCGGCCACCCCGGCCAUCCCGGCCACCCCGGCCAUCCCGGCCACCCGGCCCUGGGGGUCCCGCUGUACGCGCCCACCCCCCUCCUGCAGCCCGCCCACCCCACGCCCUUCUACAUCGAGGACAUCCUGGGCCGGGGGACCCCGGCCGCCCCGGCCCCCAGCCUGCCCUCCCCCAACUCGUCCUUCACCAGCCUCCCCGCCGCUUACCGGCCCCCGGUGCUCGAGCCCCCGGCCCUGCACCCCGCCGCCGCCCUGGCCGCCUCCUACGGGGUCGGGGUCGGGGUCGGGGUCGGGGUCGGGGUGGGCCCCGGGGCCUUGGCGGGACCCUUCUACCCCUUGCCCCGCGCCGUCGGAGACUACUCGCACGCCCUGCUGCGGCACGACGCCCUCGGGAAGCCCCUCCUGUGGAGCCCGUUCCUGCAGAGGCCGCUGCACAAGAGGAAGGGAGGCCAGGUGCGGUUCUCCAACGAGCAGACCGUCGAGCUGGAGAAGAAGUUCGAGACCCAGAAAUACCUCUCUCCGCCCGAGCGAAAACGACUCGCCAAGAUGCUGCAGCUCAGCGAGAGGCAGGUCAAGACUUGGUUCCAGAACCGCAGGGCCAAGUGGAGGCGGCUGAAACAGGAGAACACACCCAGCGGCAAGAGGGAAGACCAGGACACGGAGCCAGACCCGCCCCUGGACCGGCCCCGGACCCCGAACCCGGACCGGGACCGUCCGGCCAGCCCCCGCGGACAGCGGCCGGACCCGAAGCCCUCAGAUCGGGCUGUCUCCCCGGCCUCCCCGGCCCCGCCGUCUCGGGACGAUCCGGGCUCGGAGGUGUCUGACGACUCCGACCAAGAGGUGGACAUUGAAGGAGACAAAGGUCACCCAAGCACCGGUCACUAGCGGGGCUGCGGGGAAGAUGUGAUGCUAGCACUUUGGGAAAAGCCUCCUGUCCAUCAGCCGGAGCUCCAAGUGCCCGGGGGACCCAGGAGGCAGAGAAGCCAGCGAGGGGAUCGCCCCCAAGGCAGCGAGGACGGUCCCCCGUUCCCUGGGCGCGAUGCCCCUCUGGCCCCCGGGAGGGUCCGGUACCGGCUUGGCCCACGCCCUGACGUCUGAGGAUGCGGCCCCCCAAGUCGCAAUUUUAGGGACCACCCCCCAGGGGCUGUGGGAAGCAGGGGAGACACCUCGGCUUCGGGAAGGAGCCCGAGAAGAUCCAUGGUUGGGAAUGGGCGCAGGGAAGUCCUCCGGGGGUUCUCUGGAAUUCCCCCGGGGUCCAGCGCCUCCCAAAUCCAGGGCCCAGGACCUCUUUCGUACCUGCCUGCGCGUCGUCUUUUAGGAGCCCUGGGUUUUACAAUCUUUAUAGCGCGGGCUUUUGCAGUCUUGAUAAGAGCUGGGUUUUUUUUUACCGUUUUUAUAGCGCGUGUUUUUACAAUCAUUAUAGCGCUGAUUUUCACAGCC